UCGUCAGCAGCUGCGAGUGGAGAGCGUUCUGGGGAAGGCUGCCGGAUUUCUUCACUGGAAACCCCGUCUGGCUCUUUUCCAUGAUUCCUCCUUCGUUGUAGCGACGGUGGGUCAUCAUGGACUUCAGUUACCUGCUGGAAUUGGCCAAGGACAACGACCAGAACAAUAAGAAGGAGAUUUCUGUAAGUAGGUUCUCCACGAAGGUCUCAGCGGCUAAGAAGCUUGACCGACCAACCCCAAAGGUAGGGGCUAUUAAGGCACUGCUAGAAAAGAAGGAAGAGAAGAAAAGGAAGCAAAAUGAGGAAUUCAAAAAGAAGAGAGAUAACUUGCUUGCUCUUCGGGCACAAGACAGAAAAGCCAACAAACGUGUCAAUGCUAUGAUCAACAGAACCAAAGGUGCUUGCAAAGCUGUGCUGGAUGAUGCAAAGGAUAUUACAACUGCCCGAGGGGAGGAGCAAUGUGAUGAGGAUGACUAUGGUUAUGAGUCUGCUAUGAGCCAGCAGAUCUUCAGCAAACUAGCUGACCGUUAUGCCAACAUGCCUGAGGAUGACAAGUUGAAGUUUGUUAAAAGAUCCAAAGGGAGCAUUGAUGAUAUUAAGCAGAUCUUCAGCAAACUAGCUGACCGUUAUGCCAACAUGCCUGAGGAUGACAAGUUGAAGUUUGUUAAAAGAUCCAAAGGGAGCAUUGAUGAUAUUAAGAUCCAGGACGAAGAGGAUGACUGUGACGAUAUGGAGGCCUCAUUCUCUCAGAUGCAGAAAGAGGAGCGCAUCUCUGCUAAAAUUGGUCUCAUGGAAGAUCUGGAGGAUAUGAAGAGAGAAGAGGAGGAAAGAAAACUAAAGGAUAUACCAUACUGCCAGAGUGGAUCGUGGGACUCAAAGACUGAUGAUGAAUGA